ACUCAACAAACUUUAGUUUACAUUUUCGAAUCUGAACUUACAGACCGAGCGAUUCUCUCUUUUCUACAUCCUCUGUUUGUUUGUUUGCUUGCAUAUGAGAAAUCUUUUCAAACUGUUUGAUAUAUACAGUAUAUACAGUAUGUGCAGAAUACUCUGAUAGUCUCUUCUUUUGACACUGUGCAGCGUCAGUAGAGUUCGUUGAUUGAAGAUGUUGGAGGAUCAGGUCGCGUAUCUAUUGCAGAGGUACCUUGGAAACUACGUAAAAGGUUUCAAUAAAGAAGCGCUAAAGAUAAGCGUAUGGAAAGGAAAUGUGGAAUUAACGAAUAUGCAACUGAAGCCAGAAGCUUUGAAUGCAUUAAAAUUGCCUGUGAAGGUUAAGGCUGGAUUCCUGGGUUCUGUAAAGCUGAAGAUUCCAUGGAGCAGGCUUGGUAAAGAACCAGUAGUGGUAUCUUUGGACCAGAUUUUUUUAUUGGCUGAACCUGCAACUCAAGUUGAGGGGAGCACUGAAGAUGCCGUACAAGAAAUUAGAAAAAACCGUAUAAAGGAAACAGAAAUGAAGCUAUUAGAAACUAAGCAGCUAAUGACUUCAGAACUGAACAAAACAUGGCUUGGCUCAUUGAUUGAUACAAUCAUCGGAAACCUAAAGCUUUCAAUUACAAACAUUCACAUCAGAUAUGAAGAUUGUGAGAGUAAUCUUGGUCACCCAUUUGCAGCUGGCAUAACUUUGGAAAAGUUGUCUGCCGUGACAGUUGAUGAUAAUGGGAAAGAGACGUUUGUCACUGGAGGUGCAUUGGAGCAGAUUCAAAAGUCUGUGGAGCUUGAACAACUGGCAGUUUAUCUGGAUUCGGACAGUUUCCCUUGGCAUCUUGAUAAACCUUGGGAAGAUUUGAAACCCAUUGAGUGGGGACAGGUCCUUAAAUUUGGCACAAAAAGUGGAAAACCAGCUGAUAGUCCCAUAACAAACCACACUUAUCUUUUACAACCCGUUACUGGCAAUGCGAAUUACACAAAAUUGCGCAAGAACACAUCUACUAAUGAUGGUCAACCUCUGCAGAGAGCGGCUGUUAACUUGGACGAUGUUACAUUCUGUUUAUCGAAGAGUGGUUACAGGGACUUACUAAGACUAGCUGACAAUUUUGCGGCCUUCAAUCAACGAUUGAAAUAUGCUCAUUUCCGCCCACUUGUUCCAGUUAAAACAGAUCCACGCUCAUGGUGGAGAUAUGCUUACAGAGUUGUCUCAGAUGAACUCAAGAAGGCAAGUGGGAAACUCUCUUGGGAACAGGUCUUGAGAAAUGCAAGGUUGCGCAAGCGGUAUAUUUCACUUUAUGCGUCACUGCUGAAAUCUGACCUCAUUCGGACAAUUAUUGAUGAUAAUAAGGAAAUUGAGGAAAUGGAUCGUGAGCUUGAUUUCGAACUUAUACUGCAGUGGAGGAUGCUGGCACAUAAAUUCGUGGAGCAGUCAGUUGAAUCUGAGCUUUACCUGAGAAAGCGGAAAGCAAAGAAGUCAUGGUUGUCAUUUGGAUGGGGUGGACAAUCUAAUAAGAAUGAUAGUGAGUUGGGAGUCUUCGGUGAUGAAGAGUGGCAACAGAUAAAUAGACUUAUUGGAUAUAAGGAGGGUGUUGAUGAACAGUUCACUAAGACUGAAACUAGGGGGGACGUGCUUUAUACAUCAUUGGAAAUUCACAUGAGACAUAACGCAACAAAGCUUACUGAUGAUCAAGAAUGUCUUGCUGAACUAUCCUGCAAAAAUCUUGACUGUUUUGUCAAGCUUUAUCUAGAGGCAAAAAUUUUUGAUGUGAAACUUGGAUCAUAUCAGUUGUCAUCUCCCAAUGGUCUUCUUGCUAAGAGUGGAACAGCCUAUGAUUCUUUGGUUGGUGUCUUCCACUACAAGCCUUUAAACUCUAAGUUGGAUUGGAGUAUGAUUGCAAAAGCUUCUCCAUGUUAUAUAACUUAUCUGAAAGAACCUAUUGAUCGGAUAAUUAGUUUCUUUGAAAGCACCACGGUUGUUAGUCAAGCAGUAGCUGUGGAAACUGCUGCUGUAGUGCAGAUGACCAUUGAUGAAGUUAAACGCACUGCACAACAACAAGUGAACAGAGCCUUGAAAGAUCAUGCCAGGUUUCACUUGGACUUGGACAUUGCAGCUCCCAAAAUUACCAUACCUUCAGACUUCUGUCCAGACAAUGUCCACCAGACAAAACUUCUUCUUGAUUUGGGAAAUUUGAUAAUUCGAAGUCAGGACGAUAGUGACUUCGAAUCACCUGAUGACAUGAAUUUGUAUUUGCAAUUUUUUAUGAUAUUGACUGAUAUAUCUGCAUUUCUGGUGGAUGGGGAAUAUAAUUGGAGUAAAGAAUCUCAUAAUACAUCUGCAGAUUUUUCAAAACUUGGUGGUGUUAGUUUUUUGCCUGUUCUUGACAAGUGCGGGGUAGUCCUAAAGCUUCAACAAAUUCAUUUGGAGAAUCCGUCCUAUCCAUCAACAAAGCUUGCUGUUCGGGUUCCAACCCUGGGGUUUCACUUUUCUCCUGCUAGUUAUCAUCGGUUAAUGCACGUAUUAAAGAUUUUUCAGCACGAGGAAUCUCAAAAUGCGGAGCUAGCUCAUCCUUGGAGUUCUGCAGAUUUUGAGGGGUGGUUAUCUCUUCUUACGUGGAAGGGUGUGGGGAACAGGGAAGCAGUAUGGAAGAGAAGAUAUUUAUUCCUUGUUGGACCUUUCCUUUAUGUACUGGAAAAUCCUGAAUCUAGAUCUUACAAGCAGUAUCUGAGCCUCCGAGGAAAACAAGUAUACCAAGUUCCAGCUGAAAUUGUUGGCAAUGUGGACCAUGUGCUGGCUAUUUUUGAAUCUUCACAUCCCAGUAGCAAGGUCAUUGAGGAUGGAAAUGCAUUGAUAUUGCGCUGUGAUUCUAAUGAUGCUAAGAGAACAUGGCUGAGUCGGUUACAGGGUGCAAUUUAUCGUGCUUCAGAUUUUGCUCCUAUAACCGGUUUGUCAGACAGUUCAUCUGAUCAAGAGAAUCCAGAGAUAGAACAUAUUGAGAACCAUGAUAAUUUGGACACACUAAUGGAGAAAGUCUUCCUCACUGGAGUUCUUGAUGAGUUAAAAAUAUGCUUUAAAUACAAUCCAUCGCAAGACCAGAGAUUGACAAAUAUACUGCUAGAAGAGGAGAAUCAUCUGUUUGAAUUUCGAGCAAUUGGUGGCCAUGUUGAGCUUUCUGUAAGAGGAAAUGACAUGUUCAUUGGUACUAUCCUUAAAUCGCUGGAGAUAGAGGAUCUGGUGUGCUGCAAGGGAAUGCCUCAAACAUGUUACUUGGCCAGAUCAUUUAUUGGGAAUGCUGAUAAAACUUUGAAAUACCAUGAUGCUGAAACUCAGGGUUUUGACAGCAGCUUAAGCCAAGAUGGCGAUGAUAGGUUUUAUGAGGUGCUUGAGGAUCUCAAUGGAAAUGUUGAUAGUCCAUCUGGAAAAUCACUUUUACAGCCUCCUAGUUUUCGUCGUAUUGAUGGUCUGCUCCCCAUUGGUGAAGCGCAAAAUGGAAAUAAAAUGGUGGCAACCAGCACAUUGGAUAGUUUUGUGAAAGCUCAAAUAGUAAUAGUUGAGCAAAAUUCAAAUUUAUAUAGGAACAUUGAUAAACAGGUUUCUGUGACUCUUUCUACCUUGACAUUCUUCUGUCGUAGGCCAACUAUACUUGCCAUUCUCAAAUUUGUUGAUGCCAUUAACAUUAAAAAUGAUGCAUCUAGAGAAGAUGUUUUGCAUACUCAACAGGCUCCUGUUGCCUUAGAGGAGCCUGCAAUAAAAGGUUUGUUAGGGAAGGGGAAAUCAAGGAUCAUGUUCUACUUAAUAUUAAAUAUGACUCGUGCUCAAAUAGUAUUGAUGAAUGAGGAUGACAGCAAACUAGCGACUAUAUCACAAGAUAAUCUUCUCACAGAUAUUAAGGUGUUUCCUUCUUCCUUUAGCAUAAAGGCUUCUCUUGGAAACCUGAGAAUCAGUGAUGAUAGUCUACACACUGAUCAUAUGUAUUUCUGGGUUUGUGAUAUGAGAAAUCCUGGUGGUAGCUCAUUUGUGGAGUUAGACUUCAGUUCAUUUAGUGUUGGGGAUGAAGAUUAUGCAGGCUAUGAUUAUAGCCUUCUUGGGAGUCUUUCCGAAGUACGGAUUGUGUAUCUGAAUCGGUUUGUCCAAGAGAUUGUGGGUUACUUCAUGGGCCUUGUUCCUCCUAAUAGUUCUAGGGAUGUUGUUAAAUUGAGAGAUCAAGUAACAAACUCGGAGAAAUGGUUCAUAACUAGUGAUAUUGAAGGAUCACCUGCUAUGAAGCUGGAUCUUUCACUUAGGAAACCUAUAAUAAUAAUGCCACGGAGGACAGACAGCCAUGAGUACUUGAAACUUGAUGUUGUUCAUAUAACGAUCCAAAACACUUUCAGAUGGUAUGGGGGUUACAAAGAUGAAAUGGAUGCUGUACAUGUGGAAAGGCUUUCUGUAAUGGUUGAAGACAUCAAUCUCAAUGUGGGUACUGGUGAAGAAUUGGGUGCAAGCAUAAUUCAAGAUGUAAAAGGGGUUUCAAUUAUAAUCCAUAGGUCACUCAGAGAUCUGUUUCAUAAAAUUCCCAUUAUGGAAGUACAAAUUAAGAUAGUGGAACUGAAGGCAGCCAUGUCUAAUAAAGAAUAUGAGAUAAUCACAGAAUGUGCUCUUUCAAAUGUCUCAGAGACUCCAAAAAUGGUGCCUCCAUUGAUCCAAGAUUUUGUAAUGCCUGUUGCUACAGAGGAUCCACCACUUCCUCAAGGUUAUGAAGCUACAAAUUCUGAAAAUCAAAAUAGCACUUCAUGGGUCACCAUGAAGGUUAGUGUUGACAUAGAUCUGAUUGAGCUGGGCCUGCAUUAUGGCAUAGCAAGAGAUGCUGCUCUAGCAAUUGUGCAGGUUACUGGCUGUUGGCUUCUGUACACGACCAAUACCAUAGGAGAUGGAUUUCUUUCGGCUUCUCUUAAAGGUUUCACUGUGAUUGAUGAUCGUGAGGGCACCGAACAAGCACUUAGGCUAGCAAUACGAAAGGCUGACACCAUUGGAUACGGUCUUACUGAUGAUAAUGAAGACCAUCCAGGGAUUGGGGCUGAUAUUGGAGAAAAUGAAGGGACAAAACCAGUUCCUACAAUGCUUAUUCUUGAUGCAAAGUUCAGUCAAUAUUCUACAAUUAUCUAUCUGUGUGUGCAAAGGCCACAGUUACUUGUUGCACUCGAUUUCCUGCUCGCUGUUGUUGAAUUUUUUGUUCCAACUGUUCGUGAUCUUCUGUCAAAUGAAGAAGGGGAGAAUACUGUAGAUUUUGUUGAUGCAAUCACUCUGGAACAUCCAAUUUAUUCGCAACCUUCUGUUGAAUUCUCUCUCUCCCCUCGGAGGCCUCUAGUUGCCGACGAUGAGAGGUUUGACCAUUUUGUUUAUGAUGGAAGAGGUGGAACACUAUAUUUACAAAAUGGAUGUGGUUCCACUCUCUCAUCUCCAAGCAAUGAAGCUGUCAUUUAUGUUGGAAAUGGAAAGAGAUUGCAAUUUAAGAAUGUUACUAUUAAGAAUGGUGUAUAUCUGGACUCCUGUAUUUUUUUGGGAACCAACAGUAGUUAUUCAGCUUUAGAGGAUGACAAAGUAUAUCUCGAGAGUGUUCAUGAAUUUCCUCAAUUAGAUUCUUCAGAGGAAGCUUCUGGAAGUGGACCACGUCAAAACCCCCCUACAGGAAGAUCCACAGAAUUUGUUAUUGAGCUGCAGGCUAUUGGUCCUGAGCUUACCUUUUAUGAUACAUCAAAAAUAGUUGGAAGAUCGGUUAGCUUAUCUAACAAACUUCUACAUGCCCAGUUGGAUGCCUUCAGCAAGGUUGUUAUGAAGGGAGAGAUGAUGGAAAUGAACACAAAUAUACUGGGCUUAACAAUGGAAAGCAAUGGUAUCAGAAUUUUGGAACCCUUUGAUGCCUCCGUGAAGUUCUCGAACAUCUCUGGGAAGAUGAACAUCCAUUUUUCUGUUUCGGAUAUCUUCAUGAAUUUUUCAUUCAGCAUCCUUAAACUCUUUUUAGCAGUGGAGGACGAUAUUUUGGCAUUUUUGAGGACAACCUCAAGAAAAAUGACUAUUACUUGUUCUGAGUUCGACAAAGUGGGGACAAUCGAAAAUACUAAUACUGAUCAAAUAUUUGCAUUUUGGAGACCUCGUACACCUCCUGGUUUUGCUGUCUUGGGUGAUUAUCUCACACCACUCAACAAACCACCUGCAAAAGAAGUUAUUGCAGUGAACACCAGCUUAGUUAGGGUGAAGAGGCCUGUAUCUUUCAAGCAAAUUUGGCCUCCCAUUCAUGAUGCUGCUGGUGCUGAUCCUCAAUUUGAUAUGCACAGCGACUGUUCGAUCUGGUUCCCAGUAGCACCCAAAGGUUAUGUUGCUCUAGGCUGUGUGGUCUCAACUGGAAUGGAACAACCUCCACUCUCUUCUUCCUUCUGUAUCUUGGCUUCCUUAGUUGCUCCAAGCACUCUGGGAGAUUGUAUUGCAAUCAAAGAAAACAACUCCAGGUAUCCCUUGAUUACGGCAUUCUGGCGCGUGAAUAAUUCUCUUGGCAAUUUCUUGCCUGCAGACCCAUCUACAUUGGGUUUAAUUGGUAGAGCUUAUGAACUGCGGCAUGUGUAUUUUGGUUCUCCAUCAUCUAAGGCAUCCAAAAUUUCUGAGCAUGAAAAUCAAUCAGGUCAUACUCCUGCUGUGCAGUUAGACUCAGAAGGUCCAUCGAAUGUAAAUGGACAACAUUUUGAGGUUGUUGCUAGUUUCCAUUUAAUAUGGUGGAACCAAAGUUCGAAUUCAAGAAAAAAGUUAUCAAUAUGGCGUCCUAUUGUUCCUCCUGGGAUGGUCUAUUUCGGAGAUAUUGCUGUACAAGGGUACGAGCCUCCAAAUUCCUGCAUUGUUCUCCAUGAUACUGAAGGUAAUGAACAGUUGAAGCCUCCCCUAGAUUUUCAACUUGUUGGACAGUUAAAAAAAAAGAGACAUAUGGAAAGUAUUUCAUUUUGGUUACCGCAAGCUCCACCAGGCUAUGUUUCCUUGGGGUGUAUUGCAUGUAAGGGUACACUAAAGCAAUCCGACUUAAGCUUACUAAGAUGUGUGCGAAGUGACAUGGUUACUGGAGACAAGUUUCAUGAUGAAAGCAUAUGGGAUGCAUCGGAGAUAAAGUCAAGAGAUGAAUCUUUUAGCAUAUGGACUAUUGGCAAUGAGUUUGGGACCUUUAUAGCUCGUAGUGGAUUCAAGAAACCUCCAAAAAGAUUUGCUCUAAGGCUUGCUGAUCCAGACAUGACAACCGGUUCAGAUAAUACCGUGAUUGAUGCAGAAAUUGGAACUUUUUCAGCUGCACUUUUUGAUGAUUAUGGUGGCCUGAUGGUUCCCUUGUUUAACAUAUCUGUAAGUGACAUUGGCUUCAAUUUGCAUGGAAGGACUGGCGGCUUGACAUCCUUCAUCAGUUUCUCAUUGGCUGCAAGAGCAUAUAAUGAUAAAUAUGAAGUUUGGGAGCCACUUAUUGAACCUGUUGAUGGGUUCCUAAGGUACAUGUACAAUCAAAAUACCCCCGGAGCUCCCUCUCAGAUACGUCUUACAUGUUCAAAAGAUUUGAACGUGAAUGUUUCAGUUUCUAACUGUAACAUGGUUUUUCAAGCUUAUGCUAGUUGGAACAACCUUGCACAAGUCCAUGAUGCUUUCAAAGAUAAAGAGACAUCUUCUGCUGGUAGAUCUUCUCUUGACGUGCAUAACAAGCGUAACUAUUAUCUUAUUCCACAAAACAAUCUUGGCCAAGAUAUUUUCAUUCGAGCCACUGAAAUCAGAGGGAUUUCCAGUGUUAUUAAGAUGCCAUCAGGAGAUAUGAAACCAGUAAAAGUUUCAGUUUGGAAAAAUAUGCUGGAUUCACACCUGAAAGGAAACCUCUGCAACAAAUUUAGAACAGUGGUCGCAAUUAUAGUAUCAGAAGCUGAGAUCCCAAGGUUAGGUGAUUUCUCAUCACAUCUCUACACCGUAGCAGUUCGUGUUAGCCCUGAGGAAGGCAUUGCAGGAGUGUUGCUACGGAAUCCUCAAAGUGCACGUACAUGUGGAAUACAUUCAGAUCAUAUCUCAAAUUCAGAUUAUGAAUUGGUGGAAUGGAAUGAAAUGCUUUUCUUCAGAAUUGAUACACUGGAGGGCUACAUUGUGGAGCUGGUAGUUACUGACACGGCAAAAGGUAAGCCAAUUGGAUACUUCUCAGCUUCCCUGAAACAUAUAGCUGAAACAUUUAUGGGUGCACUGACUUGGCUAGAUCUAUCUGAAUCAGUGCAGAAUGGUCAAGUUCAAGAUUCCCAGAAGCCAUAUGCAAGAAUAAGGUGUGCUUUUCUCUUGUCACCAGAACAUGAAAUGGAGAUCAGAGAGCAUUCUGCUCCUGGAGAUAGUAAAUCCGGGCACAUUCAAAUUAGUCCUUCUAAAGAAGGGCCUUGGACUACUGUGAGGAUGAACUAUGCUGCACCAGCUGCUUGCUGGCGUCUGGGCAAUAAUGUUGUUGCCAGUGAAGUAAGUGUAAAGGAUGGAAACAGAUAUGUGAGCAUAAGGACUUUGGUUUCGGUGCGCAAUGACACAGAUUUCACACUAAAUUUAUGCCUUGAGCACAGAGCUUCAAAUGAUGGAUCCAGAGAACUGGAUAACACAACUCACUCACAGGAGACGCACAUUACUGGUAGAUUUGAGACAGAUAUAUUCUUUGAAACUGAAAAUUACGAUCCUUCUGUUGGGUGGGUUGGUUGUAAAGUUCAACCUAACAUAGAUCAUCCAGUAGUUGGGGGAUUUCAUCAGGGAAUUUCUAGGAUUGAGUUGCCAUUAGGCUGGGAUUGGGUAGAUGAUUGGCAUUUGGAUAAGGAAACUAUUGGUACAGAUGAUGGAUGGGUUUAUGCUCCAGAUAUUGACAGUCUUAAGUGGCCCAAGUCCUUCAGUUCUAAAGAUUCUAAGAACUUGGCAAGGAGAAGGAAAUGGAUCAGGAACAGAAAACAGACAUUGUCUGGUGCGAGGCAUAAUAUAUUUGUUGGGCCACUAGAACCUGGUGAAAGUCUUUCUCUUCCUCUGUCAUCUUUGACUCAGACUGAACUGUAUAUUCUACAGUUGAGACCAUCAAACCUAGACUCUAUUGAAUAUUCAUGGAGUUCUGUAGUAGAUCAUCCCAAGCACUCCGAAGAAACUGAAAACAGAGAAAAUUCUGAAAUUUGUGUCUCAAACCUUGCGGAGACUGAGGAACUUUUGCAUUGCUCUCAGAUUGGUGAAACCUCAUCAACUAGUUCACGUGGAAUAUGGUUUUGUCUAAGUAUACAAGCAACAGAGAUUGCAAAGGACAUUCAUUCUGAUCCUAUACAAGACUGGACUCUGGUUGUGAAGUCUCCACUAUCCAUCACAAAUUAUCUUCCUCUGUCAGCAGAAUAUUCAGUCCUAGAGUUGCAAUCAAGUGGUCAUUUUGUUUCUUGUACAAGGGGAGUAUUCUUUUCUGGGAAAUCUGUGAAUAUUCACACUGCUGAUAUAAGAAAACCUUUGUACUUCUCCCUGCUCCCACAAAGAGGAUGGCUCCCAAUACAUGAUGCAGUUCUGCUGUCACAUCCUAAGAAACAACCCUCAAAAUCAAUAAAUUUAAAGAGUUCAAUUUCUGGGAGGGUUGUUCAGAUUAUACUGGAGCAGAACGAUAACAAAGAGAGACCCCCACUUGCAAAGAUCAUUAGGGUAUAUUCACCUUAUUGGAUAACAGUUGCACAGUGCCCACCACUUACAUUUAGGCUAUUGGAACUAUCAAUAACAAGAGAAGCUCAUAAAACUGCUUUUCCUUUCAAGUCAAGAAAGAAAAAUGAGGUUCUUGUUGAGGAAAUAACUGAUGAGGAAAUGUGUGAUGGCUGUUCAAUUGCUUCUGCAUUAGAUUUCACAUCCUUAGGUCUCUCCAUGUCCAUCAAACAAUCUAGUGGUGACAGUUUUGGACCCAUUAAAGACCUCUCUCCACUAGCUGACAUGGAUGGGUCUCUUGAUCUUUGUGCUUAUGAUGUUGAUGGUAAUUGCAUGCACCUUUUUAUAUCUUCCAAGCCAUGCCCUUAUCAAUCCAUUCCAUCAAAGGUUAUCUCUGUUCGACCAUUCAUAACUUUUACAAAUAGGAUUGGUUGUGACAUCUUUUUGAAGUUGAGUAAUGAUGAUGAGCCAAAAGUGUUGCAUGCCUAUGAUUCUCGUGUCUCCUUUGUCCAUCAUCCAUCAGAUGGACCCAAUACACUACAGGUGAAAUUAGAAAACACCGAGUGGUCAUUUCCUACUAAAAUAUUCAAGGAGGAUACUAUUUUCUUAAUGAUGAGGAAAGCUGAUGGUCGUCGCACAAUUUUGAGGACAGAAAUCAGAGGCUAUGAAGAAGGGUCACGUUUUAUUGUUGUAUUCCGUCUUGGCCCGGAAAACGGUCCAAUGAGGCUUGAGAAUAGAACAGUUAGCAAUCUGAGUAUUCGCCAGUCUGGUUUUGGUGAUGAUGCUUGGGUUGAAUUGCAACCAUUUUCAACUAUCAAUUUUACUUUGGAGGAUCCCUAUGGCCAAAGGCUUAUUGAUGCCAAAGUUGAGAGUGGGUUUACAAGUAUGUGUUGUAGUCUUGAUUUGGAUAAGGCAGGAAUAAGUCAGAUGGAAGGAGUUUCUGCAAUGCAAUUUAUGUUAAUAGAGAUAGCUGAUAUCAAGAUUGGAAGAUUCACAGAUGUUUUACUAUCAGACUCUACGUCGAACGAGAUAAAAAGAAUAAGCUCAAUGGUCGGUAAAUUGGGAAACUCUCACACUCAGAACAAGUCUCUGGAUGCAUCUCCCCUUGAGUUUAUAGUUGAGCUGGGAAUGGUUGGUGUUUCUUUCAUAGACUAUAAACCAAAGGAGCUCCUGUACUUGUAUCUUGAGCGUGUUUUCAUGUCUUAUUCUACUGGCUAUGAUGGUGGGAUGGUGAACAGGUUUAAGGUCAUUCUUGGUCAGUUGCAGGUCGAUAAUCAGUUGCCACUUACGCCGAUGCCUGUGCUAUUGGCCCCAGAACAGGCCACUGAUAUGAACCAUCCAGUUUUCAAGAUGACUCUUACUAUUCACAAUGAAACCGCUGAUGGGAUCCAGGUCUAUCCAUACAUAUAUAUACGGGUAACAGAUAAGAGCUGGAGGCUUAACAUCCAUGAGCCAAUCAUUUGGGCAUUGGUAGAUUUCUUCAACAGUCUUCAGCUAGAUCGCAUUCCCCAGAGUUCUAAUGGCACCCAAGUUGAUCCGGAGAUCCGAAUAGAAUUAAUAGAUGUUUCCGAAGUGAGGGUUAAGGUGUCUCUGGAAACAGCACCAGCAUUAAGACCACCUGGUGUCCUAGGCAUCUGGAGCCCUAUAUUAUCAGCUGUUGGAAAUGCAUUUAAAAUCCAGGUUCAUCUUCGGAAAGUAAUGCAUAGAGAUAGAUUUAUGCGGAAAAGCUCUGUUCUUCCUGCUAUUGGAGAUCGCAUAUGGAGAGAUCUUAUUCACAAUCCCCUACAUUUGAUAUUCUCAGUAGAUGUACUUGGUAUGACUAGUUCUACCUUAGCUUCUCUUAGUAGGGGCUUUGCUGAACUCUCUACCGAUGGACAAUUUAUGCAAUUGCGAUCAAAGCAGGUAUGGUCAAGAAAGAUAACUGGUGUAAGUGAUGGAAUUAGGCAAGGGACUGAAGCUCUAGCACAAGGUGUUGCUUUUGGAGUGACUGGUGUAGUUACUAAGCCUGUUGAAAGUGCUAGAGAAAGUGGGCUUGUAGGGUUUGCUCAGGGCUUAGGACGUGCUUGCUUGGGUAUCAUUGUACAACCUGUGAGUGGUGCACUAGAUUUCUUCUCAUUGACAGUUGGUGGCAUAGGCGCAAGUUGUUCCAGGUGCCUAGAGGUUCUUAGUAACAGAACAACCUUUCAAAGAGUUAGAAAUCCCCGGGCAAUUCGUGCAGAUAAUGUAAUUAGAGAGUAUAAUGAAAGAGAAGCUGUCGGGCAGAUGAUACUAUAUCUUGCAGAAGCAAGUCGGCAUUUUGGAUUCACAGAUAUCUUCAAGGAACCCUCAAAAUUUGCAUUGUCUGAUUAUUAUGAGGACCAUUUCUCUGUACCUUACCAAAAAAUUGUCUUAGUUACCAACAGACGUGUCAUGCUACUGCAGUGUCUAGCCCCAGACAAGAUGGAUAAAGAACCUUGCAAGAUCUUGUGGGAUGUACCUUGGGAAGAGUUAUUAUCGCUUGAGUUGGCAAAAGCUGGAAACUCCUCUCCGUCUCACUUAAUUCUGCAUAUCAAGAAUUUCAAGAGAUCAGAAGUCUUCUCCCGAGUCAUAAAGUGCACCACAGAAGAGGAUUCAGAGCAAGUGAAGCCUCAGGCAGUUAGGAUCUGUUCGGUUGUGCGAAAAAUGUGGAAAACUCAUCAGUUCAACAUGAAAAGUCUGACAUUGAAGGUUCCUUCUAGCCAGAGAAAUGUGUGCUUUGCUUGGAGUGAUGCUGAAGGAAGAGACCUUAUUCUUCAUAGCAGAAAGAAACCAGUGUUAAAGUCCAUGAAAUCAUCUUCUUCAAAUCGUCUAUCCGAUGAAAAGAGGUUUGUGAAACAUAGUAUUAACUUUUCAAAGGUUUGGAGCAGCGAAUUAGAAUCGAAAGGUCGAUGCACACUUUGCAGGAAGCAGGAACAGGAAGGUUCUAGACUCUUCAGCAUUUGGAGACCAACCUGCCCUGAUGGGUAUGUCUCUGUUGGCGAUAUAGCUCGCAUCGGAAGUCAUCCUCCUAAUGUUGCCGCUGUGUAUCGAAUUAGCGAUGAUCUCUUUGCACCUCCUUCCGGGUAUGACCUGGUGUGGAGGAAUUGCGAAGAUGACUAUACAAAUAACAUCUCGAUAUGGUAUCCUCGAGCCCCCGAAGGUUUUAUAUCUCUAGGAUGUGUAGCUGUAGACGGUUACGAGGAGCCGGAGACCGAUUUUGUAUACUGCAUAUCUGAAUCAGUUGUGGAGGAGACCACGUUUGAAGAGCAGAAGAUAUGGUCAGCCCCGGAUUCAUUCCCUUGGGCUUGUCAUAUUUAUCAAGUGAAAAGCGAUGCCCUUCACUUUAUUGCGUUAAGACAAUUGAAAGAGUAUUCUGAAUGGAAACCGAUGAGGGUUCUUGACCGGCUUCACCAACCAUCCGAAACAUCAUCAUCGUCAUCAUAAAGGUAAACUUCUUUUUUUUUCUAUUAAACUAUAUACAACAAACAAAUAAAGAACUCGGGUAAAUAUCAAAAGAUGAAGAAUAUUGUAUAUUACAAAAUAUCUUCGAUUUGCUUCUAUCAUGUAUGAACUGUCAUUUUCUUUUCCUCUUUUGCUAAUCUGUCUAUUUCACUGAGAUGACUAAAAUAUCUGGUUUAUGAAAUAUCUAUAGAUAAAGUAAAGGUUGAUAAGAUAUUUAUGCAAGAAAGGAGACGUCUACUACUUACUCUUUAAUUUAGCAUAUUCGGGAUAUCAUGUUAUUUUGGUUCAUGAAUCUGGUUGUUUUGUUUCAUU